CAUGUGACUGGAAGUAUGAACCAGUGCAGCUUACUUAUACGUGUGACUUUUUCUGGUGUUUUGUGCAAAGCGGAUGCAACAACAGCUCCACCAGUAAAAGGCCCACCAGGUCCAGAAGGUCCACCAGGCGGUCCUGGACCAAAGGGUCCUGAUGGUCCAGGGGGCAAUACUGGUGGCGUUGGUGAACCCGGAGCCCCGGGAGAGCCAGGAUUUCCCGGCGGCGAUGGCCCCGAAGGUGGCGCGGGCACCCGGGGACAGACGGGAGAGGACGGCGACCAAGGUCCCCCCGGCCCACCCGGACAAAGCGUAGUGUGCCGAACAUUAACAGGUGCUUCCAUCCCCUGCCCGCCUGGCUACGAGAGUGGAGCAUUCUCUGGUGGAGGACUUGCACCAGGCCAGAAAGGCCCAAUAGGACCACCUGGACGUCAGGGUGUUCUUGGUCCAUCAGGCCCUCCUGGUCCAGAGGGCUUCCAAGGCGCGGCAGGAACACCAGGCCCUAAAGGUGAUGAUGGCCCACCCGGAUUGCAGGGUGCUGCUGGCGUAACUGGUGAGACUGGGCCUCCUGGAGGGCCUGGAAAAGAUGGUCUUCCCGGCAACCGUGGACCCGACGGCAAAACUGGCGCUAAUGGCCACCCUGGACCGCCAGGAAUCCAGGGAGCCAAAGGACCGGACGGAAUUCGAGGAUCAAAGGGCCAUAUUGGACACACCGGAAAAGAAGGCCACAGUGGAUACAAUGGACAAAAGGGCACACGUGGAGACCCGGGUAGACCAGGUGGCCAGGGACAAUCCGGCCGUGAUGGACUGCCAGGACCUAUUGGUCCACGAGGUGCCGCUGGUGCAGCGGGAUCAAGAGGAGCUGAUGGCGUAGAUGGUUCAGUCGGCAACCAGGGUCUCCCAGGUGACCGUGGAGUGGCAGGAGAUCCAGGACUGAAUGGCUUGCAGGGUCUGAAGGGAGAGACUGGUAUUCGCGGCCGUGACGGAGAACGAGGUGCCAAUGGAAAUGACGGAGUAGAUGGCCAGAAGGGACCCAAUGGAGAGCUGGGAACCCCAGGUACAUUCGGCGCCGGUGGACCUCCUGGAGAUGCCGGUGUCAAAGGAGAAUCUGGAACCAUCGGUGAACCAGGUGCACGAGGAAAUCAGGGAUCACACGGUUCAGAUGGAUCACGUGGACGCAAAGGAACCAUCGGUGCACCUGGCGACGUCGGACCCAAAGGACAAUCAGGAGAAUCAGGCCCAACGGGUGAAGUCGGUUCCAUUGGCAGCGUGGGCCAUCCUGGUGACACUGGCUUACAGGGCCGCCGUGGCAGACCCGGAAGACAAGGCCGACCUGGAGCAGUUGGUCUACUGGGCCCGAUCGGUGGAGAUGGUCGUGCCGGACAAGAGGGUCAACAGGGAGGCAAAGGAGAAAAAGGAUUCCAUGGCAGAUACGGUCAAACGGGCUCAAAGGGUCAGAUGGGAGACAGAGGACGUGAUGGUGACUCUGGAAGACCAGGACGACAGGGACCCGCUGGACGAGAUGGCAGUUCUGGCAUACCCGGACGCGAUGGCCUACCUGGAACAAACGGCAAAGAUGGCCGCCCUGGAAGGGUGGGACUAAUGGGCGGUGCUGGUGAUCGAGGCAUGCGCGGUGCCACUGGCCAGGAUGGUGCAAGAGGAGACCCCGGUGAGGACGGACUUGAUGGACGAAAUGGACUGCGUGGACCUAAGGGUCCGAAAGGCACAACUGGUGCACGUGGAGACCAAGGAGCAGAUGGCACACCCGGUGAUCAAGGAAUGAAGGGACGCCCAGGAGAUACCGGAGUUCCAGGACUCGACGGAGAAAGCGGUCUAGCUGGCGAAACUGGCAGCAGAGGACUGAAAGGUUUCAAGGGAGAGAGCGGCCGAAGCGGAAGAAGAGGUGACAAGGGUGAUGCUGGACUAGAAGGAUUUAACGGAAUUAACGGCUUACCAGGUCUUUCGGGAUCAACUGGACUACAAGGCCCAAGAGGCAAUCCUGGAGAGAAUGGUGUACAGGGCUUGACUGGUCUUGAUGGCCUUCCUGGACCGGAUGGUGGACAAGGACCAAGUGGUGCUAGUGGACCUCAAGGCAGUCAAGGCUCCGCCGGAGCUGCAGGCGCAGCGGGUGGCCCAGGAGCACCAGGAGUACCUGGUCUUGAGGGUGAAUCUGGCCCGAUGGGUCCGAUGGGUGGAUUCGGAUUCAAAGGCGACAAAGGCGCACCCGGAACUCAAGGAGGCCUUGGAAGCCAAGGACCAACAGGACCAUCAGGACCACCAGGCUUAAGAGGACUCCCCGGAACUGACGGCACAGAUGGUGCUGCUGGUACUCAAGGAGCACAGGGAGAUGCUGGCUUCGAUGGAGUUCCUGGCAAUGGUGGACGACGCGGCGAACGAGGACCAAAAGGAGAUAUGGGACCGAAAGGUGAAAUUGGACCUAGUGGAAGCUUUGGUACUGGUGGAGAACAAGGCACAAAAGGAAUAAAGGGCACAUCAGGAUCUAAGGGUAAUGGCGGACGCAUUGGCAUUUCAGGUCCAGGUGGACCUCGUGGACCCCCUGGACCGAAUGGAUUAAACGGUGCUGACGGAAGCAAGGGCCCCAAAGGCAACAAGGGACCAGGAGGCCCAAUUGGACUUCCUGGAUUCCGAGGUGCUAAUGGUGACAAGGGCGCUAAAGGAGCCAUGGGCACUAUGGGAUCCAACGGCGCUGACGGUAACAACGGCAUGAUGGGAGAAUCCGGUGCUGGAGGCUUGGAUGGUACCAACGGCCCCAAUGGUGACCCCGGACCAAGAGGACCCAAAGGAAACCGAGGCGCUCCUGGCCAACCGGGUGAUGUUGGCGCCGUCGGUCCUGCUGGUGAAGCUGGUGCAAUAGGAUCUCCUGGACCAAUGGGCGUCAUGGGCCGUGUUGGUCUUCCUGGACCUGACGGCAGUGCAGGAAUGACGGGAGCCUCUGGUGAGCGUGGACCUGCUGGCAAAAGCGGAGAGUUUGGUCCACCCGGCCCUGCAGGUCCAUCUGGUCAAGUCGGCAGCCUCGGACCACCUGGACCACCCGGCAGAGACGGUGUUGAUGGCAGCGCUGGUCUCAACGGAGCAGCUGGUGAAACAGGCCCACGCGGAUCGGCUGGAAGCAGUGGAUCAUCUGGCUUGCCAGGACGCAAUGGAGACCGUGGACCAACAGGAGCUGAUGGAGAUAUUGGAGAAGUUGGUGAAACCGGUGCUGAAGGCGAACGUGGAGAAGGCGGCCCAGAAGGUCUACAGGGACCCCCAGGCGAACGUGGUGAGGACGGUUUCGCCGGACCCAAGGGAGCUCAGGGUGACAUGGGUCCCGAUGGACCUGCUGGUCCCGAAGGAGCACAUGGUCAAGAUGGCGUUCAUGGACGUGAUGGCAUGAGAGGUGCACCAGGACGUGAUGGCGAGCCUGGCACAAGCGGUGUGCAGGGACAAGCUGGACCUCCCGGCGAGGGCUGGAUCAUCAACGGUCAGAAAUCGGCUGUUGCAAUGCCCGGCACGGCCACUGGCAACAAGGGAGGCACCACCAACUACUUCGGCUAUGACGGAUACCAACAGUACAUCAAUGAUGUUGCCUGUUUCCUCACACCCAAUGGCAGUGCCAAAUGUCCAGCCAGAUGCUUGCUUUGACCUGUUCCAGGAGUAUCCCGAAUAUCCAUCAGGUUAUUACUACACCACCCUGGAUUGGGAUCCACUAAGGACGCCACGCUAGCAUAUUGUGUUGAGGAUGGUCUUCAGACAUGCGUCCACUACAGCCCAACGAACAUCACUGAGAAGAUCCCACACACGCAGUGCGGCUGCAGUGGCGUGGCACACUGCACAUACACAUGCUCAUCUUCACCGCCAAUUUCCACUAACCUCAAGAUCAAGCUGAGUGAUGGCACGCAACUCAGAGACAGCGAUGUCCAUAUAGUACAUGAUGGGAAUGCGCUCAACGUAACGAUCCGCGGUGAUUCCGACGUAUUCCCAGUCGUUGAUUACAACGUGGAGCAAGUGUGCCCGGGUGAUUCUGAAGCUACAGCAUUCUGUGAUCGCUACUGCUUCAACUAAACUGGUGCUGCCGCUAUUGCUGUGCACCGACGGUGGUGCACCCGCGGCUAACCAACUCCUCUCUCAACUCCACGCUAUUGAUAUUUGGCUCUCCAGUUUGAGGUCUGUACAAAUACGAGUCUCUUCUCUGCACGGGCGCCGCCUGUGGGCCCGUGCGGCAGAAAGUCCUACCAUCCUCCUCUAUUUCUCGUUCAGACUCAGAAACACAGCAAUGGUCUUAUCACUCUGCUGCUGGUGGUGGUGCCACUGCUUGCCACUAUUGCAACACCACCAUCGUCUAACUGCUCUCACCUCUGUUGUAAAAAACUCACCCGUCUUUCUCGCCAACUCCGUUUUUCCUCCCUGUCUGCUAUUCCUGCUAAAAAGCCGUAGAAGUAAAUCUGUUGUUUCCAAUCCUACCCAUCUUGCCAUGUAGUAUACUAUACUGCUGCUGUCGAGCAUCCGACCAUGCGACCAUGCGAACAGGCACUUCUCAGUUCUCUCGGCAAACCACAGUAGAUUCGCGUCACUGCUCGGAGCAGGUCCUAACUGACACGUUCAAAUCCACUCAUCUUAUCGCCACGCACACACCCUCACACACCUGCUCACACAUCUAACAUGCAUGAUGACAUACACAUGGCAUACACAUAUCACAUGGCCAUCCGUCUAGGUACACAGGCAUCGAGUCCAGUGUCCCGCCACCAACCAUGCCCUGAAACCAUGGCUCGCUAAUAUCACUCCGGUUUCAAACUUUUUUAACGGUUUGUCUUUUGUUUUCUGUUGAACAUGCACGUUUGUUCUGUGAGAAUCUCGGGACACACACCGCAUCGAUUUCUUUGCUUUGUCUGCCUAAGAGCUGUGCUGUUUAUAUCCGAUAAACGCAAACUUCUUAUAAGCUUUGCUUGAUCGAAAAUUU